UCCAACCGUUUCGAAGCCUCCGCGAGGCAGAAAAAAACCGGUCCGUUUCGAUUAUCGUCCGUAAGCGCGCGACGCUACCGGCUGUACGCCCAGCAAUUCACGCCUGGGCGUCGGCUACUGGACAUCGCAAGCCCCCAGCCCUGCGCACACGGGACCUGGGCUCGAGUGAAACGUCUCCAGCGCACUACCAGCACAGACAACCAAGGCAGCGACAGCGUCAAAGACAAACCGUUCCAGAAUGCAGUUCACGGUGGUGAUGGGGGUCAUCCUGAUGGGGGCCGUCGACGCUGCCACUCCGUCAUCAGACGCCCUCAGGGUGAUGAUCGCGAACAACGAUCUCGCUCUCCGACUUCUUCCGCUGCUGUCGACGUCCCAGCUGAGAAACGUCUUCUACUCACCGUACAGCGUGUUGACGGCCCUCGCCAUGGUUCACGCCGGCGCGGACUCCCUGACGCUGGUUGAGCUCCACUUGGCCCUCAGGUACGGCUUAAUGGGGCUCGAUGAGGACAAGGUCGUGGGCGCGCAUGCCGACUUCACUCGACACCUGCUCGCGCCGUCCAACUCGACGCUCAAGGUUGCCAACGCCGCGGUCCUGGACCAGAAGCUGAACGCCCUGCCGUCCUACUUGAACGCGUUAAAGAACGGCUUCGCGGCGGAGCUUCUCAAGGCCGACUUCACCGGAGACGAGCGGGCGGCCCUGAACACUAUCAAUUCGUGGGUGAGCCAGAAGACGCAGCAGAAGAUUAGUAAGUUGUUCGACGAACCACUGCCUAGCUUCACCAAACUGGUGCUCCUGAACGCCAUCUACUUCAAGGGAACGUGGCUCAGCAAGUUUGACCGGUCGAAAACGGCCAAGGCCCCUUUCUACACGGCCGAUGGCCGCUCGACAAGCGUCGACACUAUGCAGGGCAUUGUCAAGGCGGCAUACGCCUACGUCAGGGACUUGGAGGCUACUGUGUUGGAACUGCCUUACACCGGUCUCGACUACAGCAUGAUUAUACUGCUUCCCCGAAACGGGUCCAGCGUCGAAGUGCUAAAGAGAAAGCUGAAUGGAACGGCACUAGCGAGCGCUAGGGCCAAGCUCCGCGAAACCAGAAUUAAACUUCACCUUCCGAGGUUUAAGCUGGAAGAGAAAUACGAUAUGAAAGAGGUGCUGCGCAAGUUGGAAGUCACGAGGAUGUUCAACGCGGGCGAAGCGGACCUGUCCCGAAUCAACGGCGAAAAGUCGCUCUUCGUGGACCAGGUGAUGCACAAGGCUGUGGUGGAGGUGAAUGAGGAAGGCAGCGAGGCAGCCGCCGCCACCGGCGUCACCAUCAACACACGCACCAUAACCGGUCCCAGCGAGUUACACGUCGACCGGCCGUUCCUCUUCUCCAUUGAAAGCAAGCGCAUAUGGAGCAUGAUCUUCGUUGGACAAGUGAACUACAUCGAAUGAGAGCGUAUACGCGUGCUGGCACUAAGGCGACAGGUUUUCCCACUCGUAACGAACGACUGCAGCUUUGGUUUCUGGUUAUAGACACAAUACUUUGUCCAUCGCGUGCCUUUGUUCAAUGUUCUUGUUCAUUGUAUCUCUCUUCUAUGUCUUUUCAUGUGUAUUUCACUGGAUCAACGCAGGUAUCUCACUAUAUCUAUCUCCCUGGAUCGACACAUGCGAUCGUCGUACUCAUACUCUGCCUACUUUUGGUUAGCUUAACUCCCUCUGUAACAUUGAAGCGCACCAUGCAAAAUCAAAAUGCACAAGGAAGCACCGACUUCCACAUUACGUUACGUUUCAUGUCAAGCGGCCCAAAUAAGAAAGAAGUUCAGUGGGACAUGGAAGCUUGAAGAAAUACGGGGUGUUGCAGGAGCCGACGUUUCGAGAAGUGGCCUUGCCUUCUUGAAGAAGACCUCUUUUCGAAACGUCGGCUACUGCGACACUCCGUGUUCAAAGAUUUUUUUUUCAUUUCAUGUCACGCUAUGUCAUUUUACUCUUGAAAUAUCAACCACAAAGCCCCAGCUCUCCAUAUUGCGCAAAACGAGCAUUGCCCAGGAAAGCCUUCAAUGAUGGGUGUCUUCCUGGAGAUAGGAUGAUCCGGUCGAGGUGAAGAUAUACCCGAUAUUAAUACCUAGCGUAGCAGUUUGUCGAUGUAAUCAAUGCUUGAAAGCUCCGUGACUCAUUUCGAUCCCAGAGAAUGACCUUUCAGUGUUCAAUGCGUCGAAAGCGGACCAUGUGUCGUGGAACUCUAGCCAUGUGCUUAGUAAAUAUUUCUUUGCUUGGAGAAAGCUGGGCUCUUGUUAGGCUGCCAAAGUUACGAAAUGUCGUUAGUCUUGAGCACUAAAGAAAGAGAGAGAGCGAGAGUGAGAAAGGCGAAGCGGCGGUUUGAGAGUAUUCCUUCAGAUCCAGCCGCUGGUCGCGCGAUAUUUUAGCUUUUAUCUGCUUAUUUCGAAUUAAGCAUGUGGCAUCUCCAACAUGUUCAUCACCUGUUACCUGACUGGUCCAGACACAUCCCACGUAGACGGAAAUUCCAAUAGGAGACCCGUUUACCGGAUUCACAUCGAAGAAGAAGGAGAAUAACU